AUGAGGACGACGAGGAUGAUGCUGGAGCAGGCUGGUUGUGAUGUCUCAGAAUUGUCGACUACUAAUGUUGGCGAUAUUCCCAAUCUCACUGAGAAACUUUACCGUCGACUGACGGGCAAGAGGUAUCUUAUUGUGCUGGAUGAGGUCUGGCAUGUUAAUGGUUGGUAUGGGGAUUUAUGCUCUGAGCAGCCAAAAGGCGAUGAUGCAUCAUUCGGGGACUGCAUAUCUCACGCCUUGCCCAAAGAUAGUGGCGGGAGGAUCAUUGUCACAAGUAGGCGAGAGCGUGUUGCUAGAGAGAUGGUAGGUGAGGAGAACUUGAUGCCAAUUGAUACUCUGCUGGACCGAGAGAUUGGCUGGUCAGUGUUUUCUGAAGCUGUCCGUGAAGAUGGAAGAGUUGAUGUGAAUAACAGCACUCUGUUAAAGAUGGAGGAGAUAAUCAGCAAAAAUUGUGCUGGCCUUCCCUUUGUUGCCAGGACUUUAGCAACGAUAAUUCCAGAACAAAUCCAAAAGGAGGAGGAGGAGCAGGAGGCUUAA